CUCCCACUGCCCAGCCCAGCACCAUCAUGUGUCUGGCUGACCUGUGCUCUCCUGGUCUGGGCAGCCUGGAUGGGUGCACAGGGCCCCAUCACAGCCCACACCCUCGGAGAGACGCCUCCUGAGUCUGCUCAGCCUGGCACAGGCCCCAGGAAAGGACCCGGAGGGGCGGUUCCUGCUCUAAAUCCUGCCCCCACAGGGGUGGGACUGGGGCAGAAUCCCAUCAGUGAAUAAAGGCUGCAGAGUGAAGGAUGGUCCCUGGCGAGUGUACCUGUGUCCCAGUCUUCUUGCCUGAGGGCGACUUCCCACCCAUGUGAGGAGUGGGGAAGGAGCACCCCUUCUCUACUAGGCCCCAGGGCUCUCAGAGCCGGGCUCUGUCCUCACCCCAGCUGGCUCCCACAAGGCCCUCCUGGCCCCAGACUCUGUUGUACCCCCAACUCCCCUCCAGCAGGCAUCUGGAGGUAAGGAGGGGUGGGGGGCACAGGUGCACUUGCCAUUCCCGCUUUGUCUGCAGCAUGGGCACAUGUAAGUCCAGGCCCUGGGGAAUCCCUGGACCUGCAGCCCCCGCGGAGGGCUCCCUCCCCCUCCAGCUCAAGCCAGAGCACCCUGCAUCAGUACAUUCCAGAACUCAGACAGGAAAAGAGGGCGAGGAGGGAGCACCCCAGGAUAAGAACCCCUACCUCGGCCCUCCCUCGUUCUCCCAGGCCCCUCUGACAGCCUGUCUCCUUGCUGUCAUGUCAGCAGGCACAGAGGCUACAGGGGCCAAGCAGCAGCCGCCCAAGCCCGGAUUUGGGUUCUCUGUUCCCUUCUCUUGUCUCGGCCUUCUCCCUGAGUGUGUGUGCUUAAGAGGGUGCGGAAGAUCAGCAAACUCAGUCUGACCCAGGCAUUCAACCUCUGGGUGAGCACCUGCGGAUCUGUCCCCAGGGCUACACCUGCUGCACCAGCGAGAUGGAGGAGAACCUGGCCAACCGCAGCCGUGCGGAGCUGGACACCGCGCUCCGGGACAGCAGCCGCGUCCUGCAGGCCAUGCUUGCCACCCAGCUGCGCAGCUUCGAUGACCACUUCCAGCACCUGCUGAACGACUCGGAGCGGACGCUGCAGGCCACCUUCCCCGGCGCCUUCGGAGAGCUGUACACGCAGAACGCGAGGGCCUUCCGGGACCUGUACUCAGAGCUGCGCCUGUACUACCGCGGCGCCAACCUGCACCUGGAGGAGACGCUGGCCGAGUUCUGGGCCCGCCUGCUCGAGCGCCUCUUCAAGCAGCUGCACCCCCAGCUGCUGCUGCCUGAUGACUACCUGGACUGCCUGGGCAAGCAGGCCGAGGCGCUGCGGCCCUUCGGGGAGGCCCCGAGAGAGCUGCGCCUGCGGGCCACCCGUGCCUUCGUGGCUGCUCGCUCCUUUGUGCAGGGCCUGGGCGUGGCCAGUGACGUGGUCCGGAAGGUGGCUCAGGUACCCCUGGGCCCGGAGUGCUCGAGAGCUGUCAUGAAGCUGGUCUACUGUGCUCACUGCCUGGGAGUCCCCGGCGCCAGGCCCUGCCCUGACUAUUGCCGAAAUGUGCUCAAGGGCUGCCUCGCCAACCAGGCCGACCUGGACGCCGAGUGGAGGAACCUCCUGGACUCCAUGGUGCUCAUCACCGACAAGUUCUGGGGUACAUCGGGUGUGGAGAGCGUCAUCGGCAGCGUGCACACGUGGCUGGCGGAGGCCAUCAACGCCCUCCAGGACAACAGGGACACCCUCACGGCCAAGGUCAUCCAGGGCUGCGGGAACCCCAAGGUCAACCCCCAGGGCCCCGGGCCUGAGGAGAAGCGGCGCCGGGGCAAGCUGGCCCCGCGGGAGAGGCCACCUUCAGGCACGCUGGAGAAGCUGGUCUCUGAAGCCAAGGCCCAGCUCCGCGACGUCCAGGACUUCUGGAUCAGCCUCCCAGGGACACUGUGCAGUGAGAAGAUGGCCCUGAGCACUGCCAGUGAUGACCGCUGCUGGAACGGGAUGGCCAGAGGCCGGUACCUCCCCGAGGUCAUGGGUGACGGCCUGGCCAACCAGAUCAACAACCCCGAGGUGGAGGUGGACAUCACCAAGCCGGACAUGACCAUCCGGCAGCAGAUCAUGCAGCUGAAGAUCAUGACCAACCGGCUGCGCAGCGCCUACAACGGCAACGACGUGGACUUCCAGGACGCCAGUGACGACGGCAGCGGCUCGGGCAGCGGUGAUGGCUGUCUGGAUGACCUCUGCGGCCGGAGGGUCGGUAGGAAGAGCUCCAGCUCCCGGACGCCCUUGACCCAUGCCCUCCCAGGCCUGUCAGAGCAGGAAGGGCAGAAGACCUCGGCUGCCAGCUGCCCCCAGCCCCCCACCUUCCUCCUGCCCCUCCUCCUCUUCCUGGCCCUUACAGUAGCCAGGCCCCGGUGGCGGUAACUGCCCCAAGGCCCCAGGGACAGAGGCCAAGGACUGACUUUGCCAAAAAUACAACACAGACGAUAUUUAAUUCACCUCAGCCUGGAGAGGCCUGGGGUGGGACGGGGGGCCGGCGGUUCUGAGCAGGGGCAGGCGCAGAGGCCCCAGCCCCAGGCCUGGCCUUGCCUGCCUUUCUGCCUUUUAAUUUUGUAUGAGGUCCUCAGGUCAGCUGGGAGCCAGUGUCCCCAAAAGCCAUGUAUUUCAGGGACCUCAGGGGCACCUCCGGCUGCCUAGCCCUCCCCCCAGCUCCCUGCACCGCUGCAGAAGCAGCCCCUCGAGGCCUACAGAGGAGGCCUCAAAGCAACCCGCUGGAGCCCACAGCGAGCCUGUGCCUUCCUCCCUGCCUCCUCCCACUGCGACUCCCAGCAGAGCCCACCAGCCAGCCCUGGCCCACCCCCAGCCUCCAGAGAAGCCCCGCACGGGCUGUCUGGCUGUCCACCAUCCAGGAUCUAGCAGAGCCUCUGAGAUGAUGCAUGAUGCCCUCCCCUCAGCGCAGGCUGCAGAGCCCGGCCCCACCUCCCCAUGCCCUUGAGGGGCCCCAGCGUCUGCAGGGUGACGCCUGAGACAGCACCACUGCUGAGGAGUCUGAGGACUGUCCUCCCACAGACCUGCGGUGAGGGGCCCUCCAUGCGCAGAUGAGGGGCCACUGACCCACCUGCGCUUCUGCUGGAGGAGGGGGAGCUGGGCCCAAAGGCCCAGGGAGGCAGCGUGGGCUCUGCCAAUGUGGGCUGCCCCUCGCACAUGGGGCUCACAGGGCAGGCCUUGCUGGGGUCCAGGGCUGUUGGAGGACCCCGAGGGCUGAGGAGCAGCCAGGACCCGCCUGCUCCCAUCCUUACCCAGAUCAGGAACCAGGGCCUCCCUGUUCAGGGUGACACAGGUCAGGGCUCAGAGUGACCCUUGGCUGUCACCUGCUCACAGGGAUGCUGGUGGCUGGUGAGACCCCGCACUGCAGACGGGAAUGCCUAGGUCCCUUCCCGACCCAGCCAGCUGCAGGGCACGGGGACCUGGAUAGUUAAGGGCUUUUCCAAACAUGCAUCCGUUUACUGACACUUCCUGUCCUUGUUCAUGGAGAGCUAUUUGCUCCUCCCAGAUGGCUUCGGAGGGACGCAGGGCCCACCUUGGACCCUGGUGACCUCCUGUCACUCACUGAGGCCAUCAGGGCCCUGCCCCAGGCCUGGACGGGCCCUCCUUCCCUCCUGUGCCCCAGCUGCCAGGCGGCCUUGGGGAGGGGUGGUGCGGUGUUGGGAAGGGGUCCUGCAGGGGGAGGAGGACUUGGAGGGUCUGGGGGCAGCUGUCCUGAACCGACUGACCCUGAGGAGGCCGCUUAGUGCUGCUUUGCUUUUCAUCACCGUCCUGCACAGUGGAUGGAGGUCCCCGGUUGCUGGUCAGGUCCCCGUGGCUUGCUCUCUGGAACCUGACUUUAGAUGUUUUGGGAUCAGGAGCCCCCAACACAGGCAUGUCCACCCCAUAAUAACCCUGCCAGUGCCAGGGUGGGCUGGGGACUCUGGCACAGUGAUGCCGGGCGCCAGGACAGCAGCACUCCCGCCGCACACAGACGGCCUGGGGGUGGCACUCAGACCCCACCCUACGCUCAUCUCUGGAAGGGGCAGCCCUGAGUGGUCACUGGUCAGGGCAGUGGCCAAGCCUGCUGUGUCCUUCCUCCACAAGGUCCCCCCACUGCUCAGUGUCAGUGGGUGACGUGUGUUCUUUUGAGUCCUUGUAUGAAUAAAAGGCUGGAAACCUA